UGGAAACGAGCUGGAGGAGGGAACUUCUCUCUCCGUUGACCGGUAAAAGUAUUUCCUCCUUCAUUCAUCCAACAAAUAAUUUCUAGUAGAAAUUUUCGAGCCUCCGUCCUCGUCAAUUGUAAUCAAGAAUUCAUCAAUCAAUUUUUAUCACUGACGAGUUUAUUGUUCAAAAUUAAAUAGGUUAUCAAGAUGUCAUCAUCCGAGGAAUCAUUGGCAGACUCGGACGAUAGCUUGCCACCAUCUCCCCCAAGUGCCUAUUUUAGGACAGAUGGAGAAGAAAGCGUCGUACUUGGGAAGAGGAGGAAGAGAAUUAUCGAUCCUAUGCGAUUUGCCGAGCUUAGAAAGAAACGACCGAAAAAGUCGUCCACCACGACGGGAAAAAGUGACAGCAGCAGUGACGACUCCAGAAUCCCCUCCCCCUCAGAUCACGAUUUCGACUCGGAGAAUGUGAGAGUAGAUCAACGAAAAGUGGCACAAGUUUUGGCGAAAUCAAGACGAGUGGUGAAACAAAUGCUACCUCCUCCACCGAAACGUGGCAAAAAGAAGGUGGCAGUAAGCAAACCUAAACCUGGUCCUGGACGAGAUCCGCUCCACUCGUCAUUUGACGAAUCACUAGAGAGGGCUGAGAUCAGAAAGAAGAUUAAUAUGAACGAUUUUGUGGCAAAAUUUGGAAAACAAAAAAAUACAUUAAACAUUCCAAAAUCACCCGUCCCCAUUUCUCCCCCAACAGAAGAGCCGGCAAUGCCCAAGAAGACUUACGGCAAGAAGAAGAAGUCGAGUGUUGAGUUGCCUGCUUCACGUGGCCGUCAGUCCACCAGAACGAAUUUUUUUCGUGGUCGAGUGCAGACACUGAAUGACGAAGAAGAUGAUGAUAAUGAAGACGAUGAGUGGACCCCCAUUGCCAAACGAGAUUGGAAUCGCAAUAACAAACGUGUGCCCUCUCGGCCACUGGAUAAGGAGCUGUCUGCUCUCCCUCAGCCUUCAGAAACGGAGCCAGCCAGGUCAAGUCUAUCGGUAAUGGGCAGAAAGAAGUCCUCGGUGUCAGCAUCGCAACAAUUGCACGAUGACUCGCCUUCUAAAACCAAGCGGAAGAGGGGAAAACCUAAAAUUUCACGCAUAGGAACAUUAUCCAAUCACAUUAACAGCGUUGUGUCUUCGCCGGAUUUCGAAACAACUCCUCCUUUGGCCCAACCUACAAGGCGCCCAAUUCGACGCACAUCCUUAAUGACUCGGACAAGAGAAAAUAACUCUGUUACUGCUCAGUCUCUUGUCUCCUACCAAUCUCAAUCUCAGUCUGUUUACGGGGAUAUUCUGUCUCAACAUUUAUCACAACCAAAUAAUUCAAAGCAAGGCGAAGUUGUCGACGUUCCCCUCUCACAACGUGUCCAAGAAAUUUCGGCAACACCAUCUUCGCAAUCGGAAGCGAAUCAAGAUCCCGGAGUCGCGGAUGAUUCUGCAUCACAUGAUGAAGAAGUACACUCUUCAAGUAUUUCUCCAAUACCACGACCUUCAUCUGUUGCUACACACCCACAACUUGAUGUGACCUUAACAACACAACCACCCCCUGACACUCUACAUUCUGAAGCAGUAUCGACGGAAGAUGCAUCAUCACCAGCUCCAACAGAAGAUGCUGAAGUAGUUGUUUCAGCUUUGGAUCAUCAAGAACCUGUUGUAGUUGUCCCGCCACCAACUCCAUCCACUUCAAAACGAGCGUCCACUCGAAGUCGGCAAGAACCUGAAGUCUCACCAGUACGAAGACCAUCCAUUCGACAAGAUCCUGAGGCUGUCCCACCAGUGCGAAGGUCAUCCACUCGACAGCAAGUUAUUUCACCAGUGCGAAGGUCAUCCACUCGACAGCAAGUUAUUUCACCAGUGCGAAGGUCACCCACUCGACAGCAGGUUAUUUCACCAGUGCGAAGGUCACCCACUCGACAGCAAGUUAGCUCACCAGGACGAAGGUCAUCCAUUCGACAAGACCCUGAAGGUACACAUUUUGAUGCAGUAUCGACGGAAGAUGAACAAUCACCAACUCCAACAGAAGAUGCUGAAGUAGUUGUUUCAACGUUGGAUCAUCAAGAACCUGUUGUAGUUGGCCCACUACCAUCCACUCCAAAACGAUCGUCCACUCAAAGUCGACAAGAACAUGAAGCCUCACCGGUGCGAACGUCAUCCACUCAACAAGUUAUCUCGCCUGUAGGAAGGCCAUCCAUUCGGCAAGAAGAACCUGAAGUUGUCUCUCCAAUACGAAGGUCAUCCACUCGACAACAGGUUAUCUCGCCUGUACGAAGGUCAUCCAUUCGACAAGAACCUGAGGUUGUCCCACCUUUGAGGUCGUCGAGACAAGGGCAAUUAGUUGUGUCUCGGACGUCCACCACUUCCGCAAGAUCAUCACUUCGACGAGAUCCGCUGGAAGUUGUCUCACUAGCACCAAGGUCAUCCACAGGACAACAACCAGUCGCUUCGUCGAAACGACAACACCAACCAAGUCAGCCUACAUCUGCUUUAAGGGCAUCAAUUGUACCAAUUGUAUCAAUUGUAUCAAUUGUAGAACAGGAAAUUGUUGCACCAUCCGCUCCAACAAAACAGCCUGAAGAAGUUAUUGUUUCCCGUAAAAGACCAUCCAGUCGAUUCGAAGCUCAGCAACAAACUCAUGAGAAAAAUUCGACAAAUAUGGGACAAUCCAGCCAAAGACACCCAACACAAAUUUCAUCACGAAAUAUACAAUCAACUGAAGAACAUCAACCUGUAAUCCCUUCUCCUGAUCGAGCAUCCAGAAGUCGAAACCAGUCGUCCUCGGAUGAGGGAUCGUCGUCACAAGAAGACGGACAAGGAGCCCGACGUAAACGCUUUACAUGGGGCCAACCUCAGGCGAAAAGUCGUGGGAAAGCCACUGAAAAACAACCACCAGCGGUUUCUUCAUCCAGCCGAAAUCCAUCACAGAUUGCAGAACCGCAUGUCACAAUUACUUCUCAACGAGCAGAAGCACCCACCCGGAAAAACAACCAGCGGCUCGAAGCUACAUCAUCAUCGGAUGAGGAGGGACAGCCUCCUAAAAAAAGAGUCCGACAAGUAGAACAAGGCAAUCGGAAUUCGUGGGGCCCUGACCAUCCCAUAAUGCAAGGCCGUGGAAAAGCUUUGUAUAACAAACGCCUCGUCUCAGAAGACUUGAUAAAGGAAACAAUUGAGAAAUAUGUUCCAGACACGACUCUCACUGGAGCCCAGCUAAAGACCCUCCACGGAAACAUGAACGCCUACAUCGAAACUACUUUCAACGACCUAUGCGACAACACUCCGUUGUACUUUGGCGUCUGGACAUUUCAACAGCUGAUGGCGAGACUGAAACGAGAUGGACUAUUAAGCAAAACUGCAACCCGCAAAGACUUUGUCGCUUUACUCAAUGAUACCAUCGGCGAGGAAGAGGCAUCCAAAUGUGAAGGGCUAUUGUUCCCAAAACGAGGACAGUCUGACACACUCAGGAUUUUCAAGUAAUUAACGUUUGAAAAGCACCCUUUCGAAUUUGCCUACAAAUCUUUAUUUGUAUAGCCUUGAAAUCUAAUCACACUCAAAUUUUGUGCAUUAUUAAUACUUUAUGUGUUAAGCUAAUAUUGUCAAUGAUUUCCUUUUCAAACUCGCAAUUUCAAAAUCAGAUAAAUAUUUUAAUAUAAUCCCCGAAAACCGCAGAAAUGACUGAUCAUAAUACAAUUAUUAAUAAUUAAUUCCAAAAUAUGUUUAUUCUAUUGUGUUUGCACAUAUAACGUAUCAAAUAUUGUGCCAAUUAAAAGUUGUAAUUAAUCUAAUUAAAUUUUUGGGGGAAAUAUUAUUAGAUAAAUAAAAACGAUACCCAGUGAAAACCCAUAAAA